AUGGCUUCCAGAGGAGAUAAAGGCAAUGGCGAGGAACAAAUUGUCGAGACGCUGGCGGAGGUCUUUCGAUGUUUCAUUUGUAUGGAAAAACUCGUAGAUGCCCACCUAUGCCCUCAUUGUUCCAAACUCUGCUGUUACGCUUGUGUCCGACGGUGGCUGACUGAACAAAGGUCCCAGUGUCCGCACUGUCGGGCUGCACUACACCUACACGAGUUGGUAAAUUGCCGUUGGGUGGAAGAGGUCACUCAGCAAAUAGAAACCAUGCAACAGACAAACUCGGCUACUCAGAGAGAAAGCUUUAGAGAUAGAUGUCCAUCCCAUCAAGAGCGCCUAACAGUAUACUGUUGGACAUGCCGUCGGUGUAUCUGCCAUCAAUGUGCUCUAUGGGGUGGUACACAUUCUGGCCACACAUUUAAACCACUGGAAGAGGUGUAUGAGCAACAUGUGACCCAGAUAAGAGAUGAGGUAUCCCAAUUGAGGCGAAGACUUAUGGAGCUUAUAAGUCUAGUGCAAGAAGUGGAACGAAAUGUCGAAUCUGUUCGGGCGGCGAAAGACGAAAGAGUACGUGAAAUUCGUAAUGCCGUGGAACUAAUGAUCUCACGCCUUGACUCGGCACUUAAGGCUAAGCUUCUCACUCUCAUGGGACAGAAGAACAGCCUAACACAAGAGACUGAGCAGUUGGAACAUCUCCUUCAAGAAGUUGAACACCAGCUGCAUGCUAGUACUAGAUCUGAGCUUAUCGCUAAAAGUGGCGACUUGUCAAAGAUGAUUCAUCAAGUCCGCAAAAAGCCUAUGGCUAGCUUUGUUACUGCGCCGGUACCGGCCGAUUUUCACAGUGAAAUCGUGCCAAGUUACGAUAGUAGUACGUUCCCGCUGACGAAAUUCACUCAACUUCAGCACGCGGCUGCACCCGUAUAUUCUGCCCCGCUCCAUGUGCACGGUCUCUGCUGGAGGCUAAAGGUCUACCCUGAUGGCAACGGCGUGGUUCGGGGAAGCUACCUUUCGGUGUUUUUGGAGCUGAGUGCAGGACUACCGGAAAAUUCAAAGUACGAGUAUCGUGUGGAAAUGCUUCAUCAAGUAUCCCGGGAUCCAUCAAAGAAUAUCGUACGCGAGUUUGCGUCGGACUUUGAAGUCGGCGAGUGUUGGGGAUACAACAGAUUCUUCCGUCUCGAUUUGCUCGCUAGUGAGGGAUAUCUCAACCAUGAGACUGACACUCUAAUUUUAAGGUUUCAAGUUCGUCCGCCAACGUUCUAUCAACGUUGUCGUGAUCAACAGUGGUACAUUAACCAGUUAAUAACUCUGCAGAAUCAACAUAUUCUGCAAAUUAGUGAUCUCAAAGAGCGUCUCAAUUUAGAGAUGUCUCGCAACUCAAUGGCUGCAACCAGAGCCUCGAAUGGCUCGGUGACGUCACAAAAUCCCAAUGAGACUGAAGGCCAGGCCAACCAAGUGGAUUUGACUACCACAGAACCCUCGGUGUUAACCCAGUGGAAGUUCACACCGCAGACCGUCAUCGCUGGUCCGCGAUUGAUGAGCCCAGGUAUUUUAAAUAACUCGUUGUUUGAAGAGAGCUGCGCAAGCGGCGUGUGUCGUAACAGUAUGAACUCGGACGCGUGUUUCGGCGACUACGCGCAUCUCGGGCGGGUCAAUCAGCACGCGUUGGACGCGUAUAAUCUACCCUCCACUUCGAGAUCAACAAGUUCGGUCCGUUCGUGCACACAAAGUCCGUCAGUGGCAGGAAUACAUUCAGCUUUAUCUCCUGGAUCGAAUUCGCGGAUCAGAAGGGAAAGGCCGGAAAGGGCUGAUCGCUCCGAUCGGAUGGACAGACCUGACCGAUUGCCCCCGCCUGAUAAAGACACCCAUCUUACGGGUGUAGCGAGUACACCAAUAACGGAAGCCUCGGGGGGAUGCGCGGGCGCACUGUGUACGUCAAUUUCUUCUCCCGAGUUGCACAGCGCUGCUCCGCCGGCCACUGCGCCUGGCAAUUCUGAGUCCAGCAGUGAUACCGGGGAAAUAAUGUUCAGUGAAUUGGACGGAUUUGUAGACGAAAACAGCGUAAACCACAUCGAAGAAAACUCCAACGAAGAGAAUGACGUCGACGAAGAAACUAUGUCUGACGGCUCAUCAGCGAGUUGUUCCUGGUGCGCCUUGGCUGAAUCACCGACGCCUGGCUCCGCUCAUUCUGCUCGCUCUGCGCACUCUGCUCAAUCUGCCCGCUCGUACCCUUAUCCUGAAUUGGCUGAGUCGCCCCCUUCCCUUUGCUCCGAUGAACCCCCUAGACGUCGAAGAAAAUCCUUUUGCAGAUCGCACGCAACGCGCGACACACCAUAUACACGCGAGAACGACAUUGAGGGUGCUGUGGGCGGUAGCUGUUACAGUACUGAGGCGGACAUUUUGAAUCGUUUACUCUACGCAGUAAGGGGCCGCGGGGUGACACCAGCAGGUAGUGACGGCACAACCGUUGCAGUCCCAUCCUCUAACCGAAGUGAUGACCCUCAGCUGUCAACAGCUGCUCAUACUGAUAUGCUGCUUCUGAAUCUCAUGAAGAUUAAUGGACUGACGCCUAAGACCACGAAACCACAAAAUGCAGCCAAACGCAACUGGUCGUCACGUACCCAAUCGGCGGAAGAAGUGUGUAACCGCGGGGCAAGGGGAGGCGCUCGUAGCACGGGUCGCACGCGCACUUUGCGACGGCCACACCCCUCCACGCUCGCUGCUAUCUCCUUUAAGAAGUCGUCUGGACAGAUAUUGCCCGAUAAUAUAAGAUCGAGUCGUGGUUCUUCAAGUAGCCGCGUGAGCAGUCCGCCCAGUAGUCCCGGCCGAUCGCCCACUCACUGCAAUUGGCCCAACGCUGAAUUAAGCGAUAAUGAUGACGUCGAGGCCAUACUUGAUUAUAAUGAUAGCCUAUUCGAUAUGCUCCUCAAUAGCCUGUCCCUAGAUGGGACUUCCGGCGAAGAAGCUCCUCCCGUUCAGCCCUGGAGCCCCGCCAGAGACCCUCCUAAUCACGAUUGA